CAUAUGCUGUUAUUUUGAUUUUCACUUCAGCUGAUUGGCGAAAUUUGAUGUUCGCUUUGUUUACAUUUUUGACAACAAUAAUCAGAUGUUAGUGUUGCAAAACGAAGUGAAGUUUUCCUUUCGUCGAUGGCGUGGAAAUUUGAUUUAUAAUUUAUGUUUUGAUUUUUUUAAAUAAAUUUAGUUUUUAUUACACAAGUAAAUAGUUUUUUAAUGGCAAAUCGUGAUAUAUUUUCAAAACAUUUGCCUAAUGUUAAAUUGGCAACUCGUUAUGAUGCAGAAGGCCGGGAAGUGCAAGUUGAAAGGCGUGAAGAUUUGGAUGCUGCCGCGAAAGAGGAGGAAACAUUCGAAAUGCUAGUUGCUGCAGGCUAUUAUCGUGCAAAAAUAAAAGGCUUAUCAGCAUUCGACAAAAUAGUGGGUGGUAUGACCUGGUGUAUAGAAUGCUGUGAUUAUGAUGUUGACGUGGAUCUGCUUUUUCAUGAAAAUUUAACAAUUGGCCAAAAAAUUGCGCUUGUUGAAAAAAUUGUUACCGUGCUGCCAGACAUGAAGUGCCCUUUUCUAAUAGAACCUCACCAAAUUCAAGGACUUGAAUUUCUUAGCAUAUAUCCAGUUAUACACUGGCUUGUUAAAAAAUCAGUGGAGAAUCGUACUGAACGUUCACAACGUUUGAAAAAGUUUGCUAUUGGUCAGUUUCAUAACGAUUAUCAAUACAAAACUGAUAGGGAAAAUUUAGCUAAAAUAUACAUUGCGUCAGCACACAUCAAAAGAAUACAGGAACUGUAUAAUCCUAGUCGUCAGUACCAACGGAGGGAAGUCACAAGCGAAGAUGAAAAAACACGCGUUCGUAUGACACUUUUGGAAUAUGGCUAUAGAAGUUUUCCUGGCAAUGGAACCAAUCUCUUAAGUACCAAAAAUACUGACCCUAAUGCGGAUUCUAAUGCAAUUACUGAUAAUGAGAUCGAUAUUAAUCAAUUACUUAAAAAUUUGUAUGUCUCAAAAGAGAAUUUUGCUGGACCGACAAAAGCACUUGAUACAGUCGAGCGAAAAGCUUUGCAUAAACAUUAUGCAGAUUUUAAAGAAGAAAUGGAAACUGACGCCAAGCAACUAUCAGAACAAGGACAAUUUAAAAUAUUGGAAGCAACGAAAACUGCAUUGGAGCGUAAACUGAUAAGAAAUCAAAAGGAAAAUGAAGAGCUAUUGACUGAAGUACUGAAACAAGAGGAACAGUUAAAGAUAGAAGAAAAACAGCGAAGCACAUUAAAUGCUCAAAUGGCAGAUUACAAAAAAAUUGAAGCACAAACAGAACCAGCAGUUUUAUUAAAAGUUCAAGAUUUGCUUAAAAUGCACGAUGACUUAAAAAAAGAAGAAUCUGAUUUCAAAGAUUUUUGUCGAAACGAUUUAGCAGAGUUGCAAAAACAAAUAGAUGAAUUAGAAGCAUUUAAUGCACAAAAUCCGGAAGAACAGGCCCUAGCGGUUAGCAAAGAAAAAAUGUAUAUUAAAGAACUUAAAUUGCAAUUAGCUAAGAAAAAUCGUGGUAUUGUUGCAAUACAGCGGCAAUUAGAUUCAAUACCUGAUCGCACCGAACUGACUCAGUAUCAACGACGUUUCCACGAACUUUACAAUGAAAUGAGUGCCAAACAUCUUGAAACUAAGCAAUAUUAUACUCUUUUUAAUACUUUAAAUGAUAAGAAACGUUAUAUGGAAAAGGAAUUAUCGCUACUGAAUUCUAUAUGUGAAGCUUACAACGAAGGCAUGAUGACUGCUCAUGGACGGGAGGAUUUUAUUAAACAAUUCGAUACAAUUGUGAUUGGUGUUAAACAUACUGAAGAGAAAGUACGCCAAAAAUACAACGAAGAACGUUUAAAACGGGAUACGCUUAAUGAAGAACUUCAGGGAUUACUUGAACUACAACGGCUUUAUGCAACAGCAGUAAAGCAAUUAACAAAAGAGUGCCAACGGUGUGAAUACUUGCAGCAGCAUUUAAAUUCUAUUAAAGAAGAAAAAUUAUAAUUUCUUUAAAGCAUAAGUGUUAAAAAGCAAUAAGAGUAAUAACCAAAAUAUUUUUAGAUUUUUAAAAUUGUAAAUACGUACCUUUUUCUAUUUUAUACGCUUUGCAGCGCUUUUAGAUCAAAAGCAAAUAUCAUGUACCAAUUAAAAUCUUUAUAUUAAAGUUAUUACAUAGAUUGAUAUACAAUUAAAUCAUUAGAAUAA